AUGAUGCAAUAGAGUUCCAAACUUCCAAUCUUCUCCUUUUGAAUUCCCCAAAUUUGAAAAUCGAAACCCUAGCGAUGAUGCGAAGCCUCUUCUCCCGAAAUCUAAUCAAUGUCGCCAAAUCCUCCACCGCCGUCGCCGGCGGCCGAAGGAGCUAUAGCCUGGUGCCCAUGGUGAUCGAGCAUUCAUCGAGAGGGGAGCGCGCCUACGACAUUUUCUCUCGGCUACUGAAAGAGCGCAUCAUUUGCAUCAACGGCCCCAUCUCCGACGAUACCGCCCACGUCGUCGUCGCGCAGCUGCUCUUCCUCGAGUCGGAGAAUCCCGCCAAGCCAAUUCACAUGUAUCUGAAUUCCCCCGGUGGCGCUGUUACUGCUGGUCUUGCUAUCUAUGACACGAUGCAGUAUAUCCGGUCUCCCAUCAAUACUAUAUGUCUUGGUCAAGCUGCAUCAAUGGCUUCUCUCCUACUGGCUGCUGGUGCAAAGGGUGAAAGGCGGUCCCUCCCAAAUGCUACAAUCAUGAUACAUCAGCCUUCUGGUGGGUACAGUGGGCAGGCUAAAGACAUAAGUAUCCACACCAAGCAAAUUAUUCGUGUUUGGGAUGCAUUGAAUGAUCUCUACUGUAAACACACUGGACAGUCACUUGAAGUAAUCCAAGCAAACAUGGACCGUGAUUAUUUCAUGACAGCUGAGGAGGCAAAGGAGUUUGGAAUAAUAGAUGAGGUUAUAAAUGAAAGACCGAUGUCACUUGUGGCUGAUGCUGUAGCAAACGAGGGGAAAGAUAAGGGUUCAAGUUAAUCUCAAUUUUUUGAGGGGUUGCUUUGAGCUGGAAUUCAGAUUGUCCCUUCAAACAGUUUCAGCCGCAGGCCUUGUCACGAGUACUUGUCACCUUUAGUAAUUAUUCCCAUCUACUGGAUGCAAUUCCGACGUCGCUCUUGGUGAAUUCUUCUUGGCAAGAGUAAGGGGGAAAAAAAUUGUGACCAAAUCACAAUAAAUCUGUCACUGAUCUUGUUUUUCAAUCGUAUUGUGGCACAAUCUUCAUCAAGGAAAGAAUCAUCUUUUGUUCCUUGCUUAA